AUGGCGCCGUCUAGCAAUGCAGGUGCGGGCAUUCCCACCUUGAUUGACUGCUGGCGGGUUCGAGAUUUGCAGAGAUUUCGUGCCGUGCUGAAAGGAGGACCCGCUGCAGCGGGCCUGAAUACCUCGGGUCACAAUCAGCAUGCGUCCUCGUCUUCCUACUCGAAAUCGCCGACCUACCACUCCUAUGGCGGGAACUCGUAUGGGUCUUGGAACAGUAGUCAGAUUGCACCUGCUCCGCCCAGCGAGGUGAAUAGACGCGACCACUACGGGAGAACCGCGCUGCAUCUCAUCGCAAGCUCGGAUGAAGGUAUCAGCACUGACUUUCUCUUGGCUCUGCUGAGUCACCCGAGCUGCAACGUCAAUGUUCAAGACGGCGAGUCAGGGUAUACCGCUCUUCAUCGUGCCCUCUACCAUGGCAAUCUGCAUCACGCCCUCACCCUACUACGGCAUACCGCCAUCGAUGUCCGUCUAAAAGAUAGUGAAGGACUCAGUGCCUUCGAUCUGUACAAUUCCACGGUCUCCGGCACCAACCCGGCCCCGCCCAAUCUACUGGCGGACUCUGGUGUGCGAGGAAACGCAUCGCCAGGUGAUCUCUACCUCUGGGGCUCCAACCGGAAUUACACACUUGGCCUUGGAGACGGCAAUGAUCGUGCCCUGCCAGACUCUGUCUUGCUGAAACGACCAUCAGUUGAGGGCAACGAAGCUCAAACCUCGUAUACUCUGCCUGCUGGACGUCAGUUCGAUCGUAUCACCGUCAAAGAUGUACAGAUGUCAAAGAUGCACACCGUGGUGGUGACCAACGAAAGCAGCGGGAACGUCUGGGUUGCCGGAAUCGGCUCGAACGGCCGUCUGGGGCGCAAUGCCUCUACCCAGCCCACCCUCACACCUCUGGCCGACUUCAAAGAAACAGCUGCCAGCGUUGCAGUUGGGCCGGAUCACACACUCAUCGUUACAACGUCCGGCAAUAUCUACUCAUUCGGUUUGAACAAGUUCGGCGUACUCGGCUAUACGCUCGAGUCAGGGCAAGGACUCGUUGGAUCCAGUGGGGCAGGCAAUGUACAGAUCACACCUCGCAAAAUCGUCGGACCCUUGAAGAAAGAGGAGAUUCUUGGCGCAGCUGUGAGCAAGCUGCACUCUGUAGCUUUCUCUGCUGAUUCGCUCUACACCUGGGGCUCCAACACCGGACAGCUUGGGUACGACAAGACCGCCACGCCCUUGCAAAUUCAACCUCGCAAGGUCACAUCUGUCACUUCACAAGUCCGACAAGUGGCCUGUACCGACCAUGCUACAGCGUUGCUUCUCAGCACAUUCGAUGUCCUGGUGUACCAUGGAGACCUUAACUUUAGACUGCAAUUUCCCAUGACACGAUUCAGCGAGAAAAUGUCCGUCUUCAGGCCGCGGCAAGCUCAGCCUAAGCCUAGUAUCGCCAAAAUUACGAGCUCUGGCAGCACUUUUGCUGCUUUGAGUGACUACGGUGAUCUCUUCACUUUCAGCCUUGGCCAUCCUAGCGAGUAUGCCACUGGGUCUUCCGUCAGCUCCACUGCGACGAAGAGGAUACCUGCGCCCGAGCCUCAGCUCGUCUGGUCUGUCAGAAAGAAAUUCACGGCUGUAAGAGAUGUUGCCAUCAGUCUCGAUGGCUCCAUCAUUCUGUGUACCUCGUCCGGCCACGUCUUUGUUCGCUCGCGUCGCUCGGGUGAGGCGGCUUCGGCAGGGAAGCCCUCCUCCAAGACCGGAAAUGCCCGCGCAUUCAAGUUCGCCCAAACCCCUUUGUUACAGCGAGUGAUCAAGGUCGCCACCAACGAAAGUGGCGGCUUUGCAGCCAUUCGUGGUCACCCCCCUGUGAAGGACAUCCGCAUCAAAGGCAACACAUUGGCCGAGGACAUGGCCAGAUCACUGCCCCACAUCACUGCGGAUAUUGGCGUCGAUGUCGUCAGUGACGAGAAGGCGCAGACCGGCCCUUCAGACUCAGAGGAAGAGGGCGACGAUUCAGAUGACGAGAGAGGAGACUCUACGAUACAGCGUCACAGUGCAAUUGCUUCACUCUUGGCAGAGGCCGCUCGUCGGUGGGAUAGCGCUCAGGACAAGUACGGACCUAAGGCCCUCGAUCCGCCUACGGGCUGCGACAUGUUCAUCAUCGCUGGAGGCAAGUAUUUGCCUGCUCAUCGAGCCAUAGUCGCUGCUCGCAUCCCGACGAUUCGACACGUGCUCGAGCAUCCAGGGGAGAGAGGACCAAGGGAUGCCCCAGAGGGCGUCAUUGUCAAGAGACCCCGUCCAGAUGUGACGACCAUGCUCCUACCCCAAUGCAGUUUCCACACUGGUCUGUUUCUGCUCUAUUACCUCUACGCAGAUGAUCUGCCUGCCAUCUGGACUGCCAGCGUCGGCAUGAGGGCGGAUCGACAACUUAGCCUCGCCAAAGUCAAUCGUAGCACUGUCCAGUCUCAGCUGAAGGAGCUUGCCAGCAUACUGGCUUUGCCCGCUCUCACGCCAUGCCUGAACAGUCCUGUGCCUCGGACUCCAACAUCGACGCUCUGCACCGAUCUACGUAGCUUCUUCAACUCGUCGGUCGACUGCGCUGUUGCAGAUUCUCCCCUCCACGACAUCGAGCUACGCUUGUCGGACCGUACAGUGCCUGCACACUCCGUUAUUCUCCGCAGAUCUCCCUUCUUCACCGCGCUAUUGCAGCCGGACUGGUCAUCUUCGCGCUGGUCGAAUGGCAAGAUUGCAAUCGACCUGAGUCAUCUCAGAUGGAAUGUGCUUGGAGUUCAUUUGCAGUACCUCUACGGCGAUGCCGCUUCUGGCGAAAUCCUAGAUGGCAGGGACAAGAGCAUGACUCAAGAUGAGUGGAUCGAUUAUCUCACUGAGAUACUAGGAGCAAGCAAUGAGCUGCUCUUGGACCGUCUGAAGCUCAUCUGCAGCUCGCUGCUGCGCGCCAGAACUUCGCCGAACAAUAUCGCAGCGCUGCUUACCAUCGCCGAUACCUUCUACGCACUACCGCUCAAGGAGGCCAGCUUGCUAUACUGCGCCCAGAAUCUCGAAAGUCUUCUGGAGGGCGGCAUGUUGGAUGACCUGGAGCAUAGAAUGAUUCGUGAACUGGCCCAAUUCGUCAAGAAGAAACAGGACGACCGAUUGCAUAGAUCGCUUCAAAGCGACUUCCUCAGUGCCCUCAUGGUGAAGCAUCAAGAUUACCAUGAGUCGCUCGACAUACCCCCUGCCUCUCUCAACCUGUCUUGUUACAAGAUCGGCAAGAGACCGCCACUCCCAGCCUCAUCAUCUCGCAAGGGAUUGAGGACCCCGGCCAGUCCUCUCGCCUCUCCUGAGCUUCGCCCUGCAGUUUCCCAAGAUUCGGCGUUGUUCGACAUGGACGAGGAAUUCACAAGCAGUCCAAGCCUCGGCGCUGUGGUCGACCGCAGUUUACACUCGCAACGGCUCCAGGCUGAUGCAUUUCAGCUGCCAAAAGCUCUUGAUGGCAAAUCGGCAGCUGCUCCUUGGCUCAGCAAGCGUCCACAAAACGACCUGGCCUCAACGAAGGCGAGGCAAGCAUCAACAGCAGCGGCCGGAAGCAGCGAUCUUCGCAGCAUCAUGGCCGCCGAAAAGAGUCGUGCUUCGACCGGGAUCACUACACCUCUGCGUCCUCCAGGGACACCUGUGAUCGCGGAUGCAAGUGGAAGUGGAGCAGGCGACCUUGCUCAGCAGCAAUUGAUGGCGUCGACCAGCCAAGAUCCGAAUCCAUCAGAAAGUGUUCCAAGUACCACUCCGAGCAAGGGUUCUCCUUGGAAGGUGGUAGACACACCUCCAAACCUUCGACACGCAGCAGUCAUGAAUGAGUUGGCAUCGCCUAAUCCAAAUCGACCACCUCUACGUUCCGGACCUGCCGGCGGUUCCUCUGAUCAACGAACUCCAUCUGGCUCCUUCCCUUCGCCGCACCUCGGCCCCACGUUCACUCCGGUCAAAGCCACCGCUCCAUCCCUCUCGCGAAGUGUCUCUGAAGCUGUUUGGUCAAGACCGGGUGCUACGCCUCCACCGUCGUCGCAGAGGGCACCAGUCUCUGGCAGGUCUCAUUCGACCUCGCAGCGGACGCCAGCGGCUCCCCUGUCACCUUCACCAAGCCCGAGCACGAUUGGGAUGACAUUUGCGGAGAUUCAGGCCCAGCAAGUGGCUGCAGCGGUGGCUUCUGAAGCUAUGACCCCGCAGAAGAAGUCUUUUGCUGAGAUUCAGGCCGAGGAUCGCAAAGCCGAAGGGGAGAGGCUGAGAGCCGAAAAGGAGCGGCUGGAAUUUGAGAAGUGGUUCGAGGAAGAGAGUCGCAGAGUCAAGGCGGAAGAGAAGGCUGCGAGUAGGCAGACUGGAGGUAGCGGCAGCAAAGAGGGGAAGAAGAAGGGCAAGGGAGGCACUGCCAACAAGCAGGGAGACGAGGCAGGGAAUCACAAUCGCGGCGGCGGUCAGCCGGAUCGUGGUGGUCGCGAAGGAAGCGCUGCACGUGGUGGUCGGGGUGGAGGCUCUUCUCGUGGCGGUGGCUCAAAGGGAGGGAAAGGGGCUUCUCACGCUGCGCCAGAGCCACCCUCAUCAGCCAUACCCAAUGGCGCAAAGUCCUCCCUGCAGCCUCGGCCUGCUGACUCAGCUACGCUGUCUGCUGCUGCUCCUUCAUUCCAGCCGUCCGCUUCGUCUUCAGGAAAAUAG